UAAUUUCGUUAGAAAAACGUUUUGUGUAAUCGCGAAUGAGCAUCGUUUUUCUAUAGCACUAAAACAGCUUUGACGUAAUUUCAGAAAUUAAAAAAAAGUUUGACGUUUAUCCUUGCCUAUGAAUUCAUUCAUUCAUAAGGUGUGAUGUGAGUAGUGGGAUUUCGUGUCCUGAAAUUCCAUAUCUAUAUAAUAUUUUGAAAUGAGGUAGCACCGGUUAACAAGCAACAAUUAAAGACCAUCCUAGUACUAUGCCUUAAUUUAUUUAUAAAGUGCAAAUAAUCAGUUUUUGCGGGAAUGCCGAACACGAACAGUGCCACCGUUGCCAAUGAUGAUUACGAAGUUAUUGGAGAAGCCCAAUGGCAAAUACUGGAGAAUGUCGUUGACGAAGAGAUCUUCAAGAUCUAUGGCUACAAAUACUCCAAAUUACGAGCUAUCAUAUUCCACACUGUGUGUGUAGCAUUAUGUGGAUUGCCGUAUUUUGCCUUGGGGUAUUAUCCUUCAUUAAACAGAUUCAAGUACUUAAAAUGCAGUUUGAAAAUGGCUGAAGAGAUUUGUGUGAUGGAUGCCGAAGGCUCAUUCAGCAUGGUGAAAGUGCUAGAAAUAGACCUAAACAUAGCCAACCACAACAACAAACUGCGGUAUUUCGUCUAUCAACACACGCGGUUUGUGUGGCUGAACGACCAAUGCGUAUUCGUGAAUGUGCAGUCGCUGAACGAGAAAUUGACUAUCAACCUUCUGAUGGAUAAUAUGUCAGGAAUCAAUAAGCGGCAGCAGAAUGAGUUAAUCAAACUGUACGGCACGAACUCGGUAGAAGUAGAAGUGAAGAGCUACUGGACACUGUUCGUGAAUGAAGUGUUCAACCCGUUUUACCUGUUCCAAGUGUUCUCCAUUGUGCUAUGGUCGCUAGACGAAUAUUACCAGUACGCGACUUGCGUGCUGAUACUUUCUGCGGGAUCAUGCAUGCUGGCCCUGUAUCAGACUAAACAGAUGAGCAUAAACCUCCACAAGAUGGCGGGCUCCACCAGCUCGUGCACCGUGUCCGUGCUGCGCCCGGCCCGCGCCGGCCGCGAGGAGUGCGUGGUCAACGCGAGCCGACUGGUGCCCGGCGACGUACUUAUCCUACCACCUGAUGGAUGCGUCAUGCCGUGUGACGCUAUGUUGUUGACGGGCAACUGCAUAGUCAACGAGAGCAUGCUCACAGGCGAAAGUGUACCGGUAAUGAAAGGUCCGCCCUGCCCGUCCCCAGAAAUAUACUCUACCGAAGGUCACAAAAGGCAUACCUUAUUCGCUGGCACCCACGUUAUACAGACACGGUUCUAUGGCAACAAUCAGGUGCUCGCCAAAGUAGUCCGCACCGGAUUCUAUACGGCCAAAGGCGAGCUGAUCAAAAGCAUCCUCUUCCCGAAGAAAUUUGAUUUUCAGUUCUAUAAGGACGCAGUGAAAUUCGUCAUCUUCAUGUUCUGCAUCGCCGCUAUAGGCAUGGGGUAUUCCAUCUGGUUGUAUCUGCAAAGGGGCAGCCACGCAGAAACCAUAGUGCUCCGUACACUUGACAUCAUAACCAUAGUCGUGCCCCCGGCUUUACCCGCCGCGAUGACCGCCGGCAUAGUGUACAGUCAGCAAAGGUUACGCAGGAAUAAAAUCUUCUGCGUAUCACCUCCGAGGAUCAUCAUCUGCGGGAAGCUUCAAGUCAUGUGCUUUGAUAAGACAGGAACCCUCACGGAAGACGGUCUGGACCUGUACUCAGUGCUGCCACACCAGCCAGGAGAACGUUUCGGCCGCACCGUGGUCGAAGUACAAGCGCUUCCACCCCGCAGUCCUCUCAUACAAGCACUCGCUUCCUGCCACUCCCUUACUAGUAUCCAGGGCCAGCUAAAGGGCGACCCGCUCGAUCUCAAGAUGUUUGAAUUCACGCAGUGGGUGCUCGAGGAACCUGGUCCAGAGAACACACGCUACGACAACCUAACACCUGCAAUCGUGAAGCCCAAGUCAGCGCAGAACGAGCUCCAAGACCUGGACAACUAUGAUCCCCUCACUAUGGAGAUGCCGUACGAGGUGGGUCUGUUGCGGCGGUUCCACUUCUCGUCGUCGCAGCAGUCGAUGGGCGUCAUCGCGCGCGUGCUGGGACAACCGCAGAUGGUGUACUUCGUCAAGGGGGCCCCGGAAAAGGUGGCCGGCAUGUGCAGCCCGGACUCUCUACCCGACAACUUCAGCUCGGUCCUACACGAGUACACUUCCAACGGGUUCCGCGUCAUCGGCCUCGCGCACCGCAAGCUGGACCGCAGGAUGAAGUGGGUGGACGCGCAGCGCGUCAAGCGCGAGGGCCUCGAGUGCGACAUGACGUUCCUCGGCUUCCUCGUCAUGCAGAACAGCCUGAAGCCGGAGACCACGCAGGUCAUCAAGGAGCUGCACGAGGCCGAUAUCAAGCAGGUCAUGGUCACAGGUGACAACAUAAUGACAGCGAUGUCCGUGGCAAGAGGGUGCUUCAUGGUGCAGCCGCACCAAAAGUUGGUGCUCAUCACCGUCGGCCACCAGCAGACCGACGACGCGCGGCCGCCGCUGUGCAUGGAAGUGGUGGGGGAAGGCGGGCCUCCGAAGCUCGCGAGCGACAUCUACGUGCUGGCGUUGGAAGGCAAAACGUGGUCCGUCAUCCGAAAUUACUACCCGGAGAUGAUGUCCACUGUACUCAACAGAGGCAUAGUGUUCGGCCGCUUCGGGCCCGAGCAGAAGACGCAGCUGGUGACGGCGCUGCAGGGCGCGGGCCGCGUGGUGGGCAUGUGCGGGGACGGCGCCAACGACUGCGGCGCGCUCAAGGCCGCGCACGUCGGCGUCUCGCUGUCCGAAGCCGACGCCUCCGUGGCGGCUCCCUUCACAUCGCAAGAGCAGAACAUUCGUUGCGUCAAGUUACUAGCGCUCGAAGGCAGAUGCGCGCUCAGUACUAGCUUCGCGAUCUUCAAAUACAUGGCUCUCUAUUCGCUCAUACAGUUCUUCUCUAUUCUCAUAUUAUAUAACUACUUCUCAAUCCUGGGCAACUACCAGUUCCUGUACAUCGACCUGGUGCUGACGACGCUGCUGGCGCUGUCGCUGGGCCGCGCGGCGCCGGGGCCCGUGCUGGCGCCGCGCUCGCCGCCCGUCUCGCUCGUCGCGCUCGCCAGCAUCCUGCCUCUAGUGGCACAGGUGGCGCUGGUGCUUCUCCUUCAACUCGCCGCUCUGUACUUGUUGCGAGCGCAGGACUGGUUCCAUCAAGUGGAAGGCAACCCAGAACUGGAAGUGGUCCUUUGCUGGGAAAACACUGUGAUCUUCAUCGUCUCCUCGUUCCAGUACUUAGUCAUGGCGUGCGUCUACGCCAAAGGCUGGCCCUUCCGGGAACCGUUUUGUGCCAAUUAUUACAUGGUGCUGACUCUAGUCACGCAGUCGGUGUUCGUGGUUCUGCUGCUGUUCUGUCCGUGGCAGGAGCUUGCUGACCUCAUGGAGGUGAAGGCGUUCAAGUGGGAAGCUCAGGAGGAGAACAUUUUCCGCAUCUACCUGCUCUUGGUGCCGGCGCUACAUCUCAUCCUAGCUAUCGCCAUUGAGGCGACCCUAUCCGACCCGCACAGGUUCCACGACAUGUUCCGCGGCCGGAGGCGCUGCGACAAGCCGCGCGGCGCCGGCGACGCCGCGCACGUGUGCUGACGCCACACACGCACACGCGCUGUACACACACACGUCGUCACACCAGGCGAGAUGUACCUCUGUUUCUUUACCGUCGCUGGGUUAUGCGGGAACUUGUGUUUAUUUUUAACUCCUGUGAAGUUCGCUUGCAAACACGCAGCGUCAGAUAUCUCUGUUUCACUAGGCAAGAUGUAUCUCUGUUUUAUUACUGUAGCCGGGAGGCGGAGCGCUGUGUUCUGCGGGAAUUUAUGUUUAUUUUUAACGGCUGUGACGUUCGCUUGCAACCACGUUGCGGCAGAUAUUUCAGUUUCACUAGGUGAGAUGUAUUUAUAUUUAUCUCUACGCGCUGCGGAAUUCUUAGUUAAUAAAUGUUUUUCAGCGGCUGCGAAAUCCGCAAGCGGUCACGCAGCGUUAAGUAUCUCUGUCCUUAACCAGGGGUCUGCAAACUACGAACCAAGAGUCUGCCAAUAUGGCCCGCGAAAAGAGUCAAAUUUGAAUCAAUUCGACCCGCGAAAUAGUAGAGGCGUGGCUUUUGGGUCAACUAGUUUGAAGACACCAAGCAAUAAUCAUUUGUCUAUAUUUUUGGCAAAAGUUUUGACGUUUGUACGCAGAUACGCAGCAUUUAAUGUCUGUGCUAUUCUAGCGCUUAAAUACUUCGUUUCUUUUUGUAACACUAUUAAAGAAAUACAGAAUUAUCUUUUGAAAACAUACUCAUGUUCGCCUAGUCUAACUGGCGAAGUGCUAAUGACGUCACACAUGCUUAUUGCAAAUAAUUGGAGCAUGUUUCAUUACCAUAUUAAAUAUGUAUUUGUACUAGGCACACAUAAACAGCGACAAUUCGGUAUAUUUAAUUUGAACCCUACCAAAAAGCCAUUUUUCGAUGUUCGCUGCUCGCCUAGUAUUUUAGAAUCACUAGAUUUUGUAUUAUAUUUCAAGGUCGAAUUAUGUAGACCUGACUUUAGUUCCUUUUACGGGUUAAAAAGUCUUAUUUCAAUGUUCGCGUUCAGUUGCUGACCUGAAAUCAUCGCGGGCGUCCGCGAUAUCAUACACUUUGUAUGAAAAUAUACAUACAAUCUGUUUUCAAAAGAAGCUAAUAAAAUAUUAUCAAAUGAUGAUGAAGCUAAUCAAAUUUAUGUAUGGUCGACCGGGAUAAAUGCAACUAUGGGAUUAUGGCGUCUAUUUCAUUAUUUCUCGAAUACGAUUGUUCGGAACGGCAUCUAUGUUUCGUUUUAUUACCAAGUAGGCUUUCAUUGACGGGAGCUUUUGUACAGUCGAGAUCAUAAAUAUGUAUACAUUUUUUCACCUUAUUGCAAUGGAUUAAGGUGAAGAAAUGUAUACAUAUUUAUAAACUCGGCUGUAAUUCACGUUGUUUAACACGUUCACUGUCCCAAACUGAACUGUCAGCCUUACGGCUUUGUAGUAGAGGCUUGUCGCUACCCAUAUACGGGGCACGGACAGUGAAUGUGUUAAAAAAGAUUUUAAAUCGACGCAAUAACCCCAUAGUGGCAUUUAUCCCUGUCGACCUUAUAUUAAGUCAAUAUAUCCGUCGCGCUCUCGUAAAUGGGGCCGCAUAUUAGCGCAAUAAGGACAACUGUGGAGCCCACAUCUAUCCAAAAUACAAUCAUACGUAUUCUCUGUUAAAACAGAAACAUUAUCUGCAUUAGUUUUAUUAGUAAAAAUUAAUAAAUAUGUGUCAAAUUCUAUGUAAUUACCAAGUAUAUAAUAUACUUGGCUCUGUUUCGUAAAACCAGACCAUAUAAUCUAUACUAGUAGUGACAGUAAUUAUAUUACCACGAAUAUGUUGAAGAGCGCAUUUUCUGCGUAAGAUUGGGAGUUUGCGUUUUAAACUAUAACCCCCUUAUUCAUAAACGUGUCCUAAAGUUACGAUGCCGCUAAUCAUCGUUUGUCCCUUUCCAUCAUACCGAUACGUCGGAAAGGGACAAACGAUGAUUACCGGCAUCGUAACUUUAGUACACGUUUAUGAAUAAGGGGGUUUGUGUCGGACAAUAAGAAGUCCAGCAAUAGUUUGACUAAUUUAUUACGAAGUUAGGCCUGAGUGGACGCUUGAAGCGGAGCGUUCGGCGGGGCGUGCAGCGUGGCGAUUUUACACAUCUUACUCAAUCAUUGUAUAUUUGCUUGUAGAGAACACCAUGGGGCAUUAUGUCCGCCUUAUGUACAUUUCUGUAUUUUGAGCAAUAAACUUUCAAGAAAAUAAACCGGCGUGGAUAUAAUGAAAUUUUGAUAAACUAGCGAAUGCUGGUUAUUUAAAAAAAAUCUUCACAGAAUUUGCGCUCUUAAUCAAACAAUUCCGUCUAAAGGAAAAGGGUUCUUAACUCAAACACAUUAAAGUUGAUUUCAGUCAGACUCGUUAAUAAAAAUAACAAGCAUUUCAAACACAUUUAAAGUAACGGUAGAGUUAGACCAAGCUAAGUUGGCAGCGAUUUUAACAGCAAAGACUGUAUUUUUUUUAUUUAUACGUCAUAAUUUCAUAGAAGUUUGACGUUUAAAAUAAAACUUGUGCAGUCUGUGCUAUCAGAGAGAGAGAGAGAAUUUGAAAUAGAGGGGCAUUGUCAAAGAAAACUUUGUAGCCACGUAAAUUUACUGCCAUCUUUCGACACAUGAUUAAAACUUUUAGAACGCCAUUUGACUUUCCUCGGCGCCACUUUUUGAUAUUUAACAAAUUUAACACACAUCAUUGAAAGAAUAAGGAUCAAAGUCAAAUGGCAUUCAAAAAGUUUUGAUCAUGUUUCAAAAAAUAGCAGUCAAUUUACUGUAACUACAAAGUUUUCUUUGACAAUCUUUGCUGCCAACUUAGCUUGGUCUAACUAUAUUAAGAUCCCUUUUCCCACGGCAUCGCCGACGGCUUAGGAAUCCGUGAUUAGACAGCGUUUGCUAUUUUGUUUUAAAAGUAGUUACACCCUGUCCUGACCUGGCCGCGGCAUUUGUUAUAUCGUUAUAGAUAAUUUCUCUGUUGAGAUAUAUAUGGGCGUUUUCUGAAAUAAAUAUUGAAAAUCUGAUUACAAAUCUUUUUUGGGCUUAUUCUACUCAGAAUCGUUAGAAUACUCCAUCUUACCAUUAAAAUAAAUGUCCCAAAAUGUCCGUUCCAUUACGUCACGAUUUAGUGUGGGAAAAAUUUUCACUUAUAAAUUAUAAUAAAUAAAUAUUAUAGGACAUUAUUACACAAAUUGACUAAGCCCCACAGUAAACUCAAUAAGGCUUGUGUUGUAGGUACCUAGACAACGAUAUAUAUAAUAUAUUAUAAUUAUAAAUACUUAAAUACAUACAAACACCCAUGACUCAGAAACAAAUAUCCGUGUUAAUCACACAAAUAUAUGCUCUUACCAGGAUUUGAACCCGGGACCAUCAGCUUCAUAGGCAGGGUCACUACCCACUAGGCCAGACCGGUCGUCAACUUGUAUGAGCGUGACGAGCUACAAUUUCCAUACAAAUGUUUGUGACAUUUUGUUAUCAUCAAUAUUGAAUACGCUAAUGAUUCUGAGUUGAAAGAAUCUAAAAACACCAGGAUCUGUAAGAAUCAGGGCUUCAAUAUAUUUUUUAGAAACGGCUCUUAAUUCAUAGGGCCUACCGCGAACAUCGAAUUCUGCCUCUCUAUCGCUCUUGUAUCGAGAGAGGCAGAUAGAUGCCUUCGAUGUUCGAGGCAGGCCCUCAGUUACGUUUACCGUUUGGAUUAGGUCGUUGAUAGGAUGGUUUGAUUUCAUACUUUAACUUUAUUGAUAUAAAGGUUCUGUAAAAAGUACUUAAUUAUUAUAUUAGGGAAGCUUGUUCUUACGUUUACUAUACAAACCCAUUAAAGCUGUAUCUUAAACCAGUUUAACCUAGUUCUUACCAAAGAGAAUUGAUUGUAAUAGAUAGGUAAAGUCUAAGAAAAAAACGUGCCCCUUAGUUUGACAUCCAAAACAGAUGGCGCUGUACUGCGCCGUAUGUUUUACGGUCACUGAAUUGGUAAACGUCAACUUUUGACAAUCAAAGUUAGCGCAAAAUAUAUGGAACCGUACAGCGCCAUCUCGUUUACCUGUCAAAUUCUAAGAACGAAAUUUUCUUAGAUUUUACACAUCUUACUCGAUCAAUGUAUCUUUGACCUGUGUCGCAAUAAAAGCUAGAAAACAAUAAAUAUUUUUAAUAUAUUUAACACACAUCAUUGAAAGAAUAAGGAUCAAAGUCAAAUGGCAUUCUAAAAGUUUUGAUCAUGUUUCAAAAAAUAGCAGUCAAUUUACUGUAACUAAUUUUUGGCUAAAAAGUCAAACCAAAUGUCAUCGACCUACUCCGUAUAUUAUUCUGUAGUUUACUUAAUAUUAUACAUAUAUAUUAUUUCAAUUUAUGUAUUAGCAUUCGUAAAUUAUUAUUCCGUCUAACAGACGUUAAUUUUUAGAGAAUGUUUAUUUUAUAAAUAGUUGUAGCCAAAUGAAAUUAAAAGUCAAUUUCAAUUCAUGCAGCUGCCUAAGCUGUUUUAGAUUAUUGGAUAACUUUUUCGCCGACAAGUAAAGAUUCAUUGAUAAUAGCUAAGCGUUUUCAGAAAAAAGUGUACCAUUUACUUUUGCAGAAAAAAGUGUACCAUUUUUUUUCGAAUAACCAUCAACUAAAGGUUAUUAUUAGUCAAAAUCACGAGGACUAUCGAUUAAAAAGGAAAAAAAUUGAUCCGGAAAAUUUGUAAAUUUAAUGACGACUUUUCACAUACAUUUUGUAUGGACCGUCACCCAAAAUUUGUAUGAAAAAAUGGUGCUGUCUUUUUUCUUUGUUUUAAUCAAUAAUUCUUGAUUCUGGGUAUAACCCCAAAAGUUGUUAGUAUUUAGAAAUAAAUGGUACUUACACUUUUUUUUCUGAAAAUCCGCUACUAUCUAAUUCGCGCGUUUCGAGACAUUCGAAUGUUUCUUGGACUUUAUACAUCUCAUAAAGUCAAUGCAUCUUUGGCGCUACGUUUAGUACAGUUAAGUUCAAAAAUAUGGGUGCACGCAACUUACUCAAAAAUAUGUCCCAUAACUCUUAAUACGCCGAUGUAAGAGCUAUGGGACAUGUUUUUGAUCAACUUGUGUGCACCCAUAUUUUUACACUUGACCGUACCAAAGUAUUCGAAUACAAUUCAUUAUUGUCAUGUAAUGACAACUACAGUUAAUUUUCGAGUCCAUUGAGUAUAGAUUUGAAGAACUCGUUUGUAUGCGACUCUGCGCUUAAAAAAAACUUCAGAGUGAAAAGGUUAUCCAAUCGAAAUGAAAUGUUGGGUAAAUCGCCUUUUAACUGGUCCCUGCCUUAAUAACCACGAAGUAUGUAAAACAAACAUACAAGACAUAAAAUUGUCUUUUAUUUAUAUUUAUAACAUGAAAUAAAUUAAAAGCCAUAUAAUGCUAAUUUGAACUUCUAAAGUGAUAAGUUGGCAGCAAUUUUAAUGCAAUAGACUGUACAAGUCUGAUUUAUACGUCAUAAUUUCAUUGAAGUUUGACGUUUAAAAUAACACUUUCACAGUCUCUGCUAUAAAAAUUCUUGCCAACUUAUCUUGGUUUGAAUCUAUGAAGUAAGUACCGCCGUGAUCCGGGUGGCCGAAUGGUUAUGGCGUCUGCUGUGAAUACAGAAGACGCUCGUUCGACUCCAUCCGUGGCACUGGAGGCCUUGGGCCCUUUUUCAUUUCUAUAUAACAUUUAUUUUACUUUACUGUGAAGGCGCUCAAUUUAUCCGUUUGAUUCGGGACUUUUAGGACGAUUUACCCCAUGAACUAAAAACUAGUAAAUUUUCAUUUAUCAUUGUCAUCAAACACGACAGUUACCUCAUUACUACUUGAAUGUUAGCUGUAUUGGGCAAUAUCUUAAUUUUAAAGUACUUACGAUUUUAAGCGAAAUCCUAUUUAGUUAAUUUUAUUGUAAAUAGAGGCUGAAUUUAUGGUUCAAAUUUCUUUUCGUUGUCUUGUUUUUUGUUCCCAAAAAAUGUGACAGAGUAGAGCUUUUUGUAUGAGAUGAAAUUUUAUUAUUAAUUUUUCUCAUGUAAUAUAUAAUCUACAGCUAGAAAGACAUUGAAUAGCACUCGACUUCUAUUAUUUAUUUGACAGAAAACAUACAUGCAAGCGUGACAGAGUGGUCAGAAAUCAACGAAAAGAAUUUUGAUCCUUAUAGGAAAGUAGUAUUUUAAUCGAUUUUCUAAAUCGUUGCUUUGCAUUUUCACGUUUUGUCGCUCAGUGAAACGGGUGCUUAAUGUAAAUAACUUUUUUAACCUAAUGUAAUUAUUUGACUGUAUGCAAAGAUACAUUGACUGUAUGUGUAUAAUAUGUGUAAAUCUAAGACAAAAUUCUGCUUCUAAUUUGACAGCUGAUGUAUACGGCGCUGUACAGUUCCCAUGCAUUAUUCAGUAACUUUGUUUCGCCAUUUAUUUCAGUAAUCAAACUAUACUUAGUUCGUUUUUUAGUAUCAGAAAAUAGGUAAACAAUUUUGACGUGGCUUUUCAAUGAAAACGCUUAACACAUUCACUGCCGGGAACCCACCUGGUGGGCGCUCGUGAACUCUGUUCAGAUGCCGGACAACCCGCUGGGCGGGUUGUUUUGUACGCGGCUAUAGACCACCGGUUUCUGGGGUAGUGCACCGUUUUUUGUCUGGCAUUGAAUGUGUUAAAAAAACGAGUUUGUAUUACUUUUGAAAGUAUAUCAAUAAAUAAAUAAAUAAAACAAUGUAAAUCAUCGUACAUGAUUUAUAAUUGUUUCAUAUUUGCUGUGACUUAUUUUUCAAAAGCGAUUUAAAAAAAACACGUCAGUAUCACUUAUCUUCUUUUUAAUGCUAUAAGAACGAACACGAGGCACGGUUUUAUCUUAGAUUUUACAUCUCUUCUAUAAUUUUAUCAAUAACUCUAACCAAUGUAAAUUCCCAAUAGCAAAGACAAAAAUAUCUAUACACCGUGUUUUUAUUAAAUUCCGUUAACUUCGGGGUAUGGGUAAGUACGUUAAGGUAACUAAACGGCAUAGUUAAUUUAAAAAAAAAUACAUUUUGUUUUUUUAUUUUAUUUAACAUCAUUAAAUAUUCCAUAUAACGUUUUUGUAACAUGGGCAUAAGAUUUAACUCAACCAAACAAUUGAAAACUGUGACAUAUCAAUGUCAUUUCGAACAUCAAUCGUCCGACAUAGUACUUACAAAUGCAUAAACUCGUACUUAACACUAAUCAAUAUGUAAACAGGCCCUAAGGCAAGUGUACACGCUCGGAGGGGCCUUAUCAGAUAAAAAAUAAUUAUUGAUUAUCUCCGAAAUGGAGUCAAUUAGAAUACCGGUGUCUUUCAGAAUGUAACUUAAUGGUAUGCAACCUUGAAAUUAACGAAAAAAAAAAAACACCGUGUAUAGACUAUAGGUACAUAUUGAAUGUAACAAUCCUAUAUCAUUCUGAACGAUACGAUAAGAAUGGGAAUGGAAAUAUUAUUAAAACCUAAAUUUUACUGCAAUGAAAUAUAUAACUUCCUAUUGUGGUCACCGAAUGAAAAAAAUUAACCGACAUUGUAAUUUGUUAUGAAAUAUCGUAAAAUUGUCGUAACCCCUAACCCAUAUAUGCCCAGCCCAGAUCAAGGUAGUUUCUGUUCUGAACACCUUCAAGUUACACUCCUCCAACUAAUUUUAAUGAGUGUGUGUUUUACCAGUGAGUUGAAGAGGAUUCGGUGGGCAUGUAUGGGCUAAGCCUGAAUUGAUGUUUAUUAGAUAUAUCAUGGGUAAAUAAUUAGGUACCAUGUCCUGAUCAGUCUUGAAACCUAGACACUGUGCUAUGUAUUGUACCAUAAUUUGUAAAAUUUGACGUAAAAUGAGCUAUUGGCUAUGUGUGUAGUGCGGCAUAAAAGCUAUGACAGCGCACGUUAUUGCCAAAAUGUUAACUUUCGCGGGCAUUUUAAUAUUAUUCAACGUAUAUCAAAUGACUUUUGCACGUGCACAUAUAGCUAAUUACAUGAUUGUUUAUGAUGUGAAAGCGAAAAACGCAAUAUCAAAGUGUUAUUGUAAAAAAAAAACAACAUUGUAAGUACAUUUACAUUAGGUCAAAAAUGUUAUAUGUUACUAUCGUAUUUUUAAUUAGCUGGUUUAAAAUGGCAGGCGUUAUUACUUCAUUAUACAAACAAGAUAAGUAGUUAAAAUUUUUCGGGCUCCCCUCGUGUUACAACAUGUAUAUCUAGUAAAUUAUAUAUAUUCAAUUGACUCGCCAUUCUUGUUAAAAUCUAAUUUAGGUAUCAGUAUAGGAUUUUCCAAGCCCAAAAUACGCUGAUGCACCGAAAAUUAAGCUGUCGCAAGAAAUUACAUAUCGUUCUUAUGAACGCGACCAUACUGGUCGGCAGUUAAGGGGGUCCCUAACGCCAAUGACCUUCGAUCUUAACAGCAACGGCUGCACUAUAGUACACCAUAUUUACUUCAAAGUUCACUGUCUUCGAGAUAUUUGGCAUCGAAGUUGAACAAUUUUAGGCCAAAAAACUGGUUUACUGGCCAUAACUUUUAUGUUAAUUAGUUUAAAAUUAAAAUCUCUGACCAGUUUUUAGAGACGUCAAAGACGAACCCAAAUGUGUAGAUUUCGUACAUGUAAAAUCCUUCACAGCAAUCUAGUAAAAAGUGUUUUUUAGACAAUGUUUAAAAAAAAGUGUUCGUUUCUUUCAAAAUCCGGCAGACCAGAAUGGAGAUAAAAUAUUGAAGAACCGAUAGCCGUUUGUCUUAUAAUUCUAUCUAUGGUGCAAAUGUUCGUAACGACUCAAAAAUAGUCAAAAAUCGAUGAAAACCACGGGGAGCUCCUUAAAAACAUCGUGUCGCGUCACUGCGUUUACCCUGCGUCAGCGUAUUUUAAGAGGAACGGGGAUGACCGCUUCUCCAUUCAAACGUUUACAUUUUCCUCUUUAGAUAUGAAUAUUAUAGAAAGUAUGUUUUCUCAAACUUAUAAUGAAAUGUUGACACGACUUAAUUCAAAUUAGGUCCGGAAAUACUACGUAUCCGGUGCGAUGAGUGAGUGACACAACGUCAUGGCAUUCAACAAUCAAAUAGUAGUAGAUUCGUAAUUUGUUUUUAGCUGUGUAAACCUACAAAUAAGACAAAUUGACUUGUUGUUGAUUGAAAUUUUUUAGUUUUUUUCAUUGCAAGUUUGAGAAAAGCACUAUACAAAUCUUGGCAAGAAAUGGGGUUGCCAGCUGCGUAUCCCUAUUCGAUCUCGCUGCGCUCGGCCGUCUAUAUCUACUUAGCCUGCAACACUUCGUUGCCCGGCCUCUAGUAAUGCACUAUUACACAAUUUGAUAUAUAUUGACCAUAGCGGUGCCCCUUCGUUAGACUUUUUUGGAUUAUUAUAAUCGGUAUUACCAUGGUUGACAUGCAUGAAAUUGUGUCAAAAUAUUUUUAAUAACAUUAAUAUCCAGAGAGAAAAAUGGGGACUACGUUUGUAUGGAAAGGCGGUUUCGGGGCGGUCGUCCACUUUCCUCUCAAGCAGUGGUAUGGUCGAUAUUGUGUACUUGGGAGAAUCAACUUUUUAGCGUCACUCGUUGCCAUGGUUACGAUUAGUUGUCCAGGGGACAAAAGUUCAUUGAAAUACUGAUUUUAUGGUACUUAAAUGUAUCAAACUUGCGUUUUUGUGGUCGUUAUAACCAAUGUCCAUAAUGGGCCCCCUACUAAGCAUGUUAAUAGAACGGCAUACAACGUCUCUUCAAACAAGGUGAGUAAGGUUGCCAGAGCUCAUCGAGGGGGGGCGGGUUUAGGGUCGGCAACGCGCAUGUAACUCCUCUGGAGUUGCAGGCGUACAUAGGCUACGGAGACUGCUUACCAUCAGGCGGGCCGUGUGCUUGUUUGCCGCCGACGUAGUGAAAAAACUGUGCCACUGUUGUCCCUUGGACAACGGGACAGGAUAACAAAACAAAAAAAGUUGAUUCACCCACUUCUAUCUUUUUUGCCUAGCUAAUUAAAAUUACGACUGUAGUUCCAAAAUAAAACGCUUGUUAUAGACGUUAUAGUUCAGUUAUUUGGUUGAUAUUUGUGUGAUACUAAAUAGGAAUAAAGUGAAACUAUUCGAAUAGCACAAA